CCACAUAACACAUUGAAACUAAACUCCAAGUUCCUACCAUAGUGCUAGGAAAGUGAGUGUGAGAAAGAGAUCACAUAGCAGAAUGGCUUCUACUCAAUGUUUCUUGCACCACCAUGCUCUUACCACCCCUGCCAGAUCCCCAUCACAACGCAUCAUGGUUAGCACCAAGCCUAACCAGCUUGUUUGCAAGGCACAGAAGCAAGAGGAUAUUGAUGUCAGCCCAAUCUCUCGCCGGUUAGCUCUAACCGUGCUCAUUGGUGCUGCUGCUGUUGGCUCCAAAGUCCAACCUGCUGAUGCAGCUUAUGGGGAAGCUGCCAAUGUGUUUGGAAAGCCAAAGACAGACACAGAUUUCCUGCCAUACAAUGGAGAUGGAUUCAAACUAUCGAUUCCCUCAAAGUGGAACCCAAGCAAAGAGGUUGAGUACACAGGUCAGGUUGUUAGAUAUGAGGAUAACUUUGAUUCAACCACCAACGUGGUUGUCACCAUCACUCCGACUGAUAAGAAGUCUAUCACUGACUAUGGUUCACCCGAAGAGUUCCUCUCUAAGGUGGAUUAUUUACUAGGAAAACAGGCCUUCUUCGGCGAAACACAAGCCGAGGGUGGUUUUGAUCCAAAUGCGGUGGCCACGGCUAACAUCUUAGAGACGGCAACACCUGUGAUUGAUGGGAAGCCGUACUAUUUUCUGUCUGUGUUGACAAGGACUGCUGAUGGAGAUGAAGGUGGCAAGCACCACAUAAUUAGAGCAACUGUAAAAGAUGGAAAACUGUUCAUUUGCAAGGCUCAAGCUGGAGACAAGAGGUGGUUCAAGGGAGCAAGAAGAUUUGUGGAGAGUGCAGCAAGUUCUUUCAGUGUUGCUUAAAAAUCUUCAAUAAUAGCUGGUUAUAUAUAUCUGCUAUGUGUAAAUCUACCUUAAGUGCUAUCUAUGUUUGAAGUUGUCUAACCUCCCUUUUGUCCACGAGUUUCAUAAUUUUAAGGGACUUGGUUGGAUUAAGUAUCUGAAUACUUGGUGCGCAUGUUUGGAUGGGUAUUAAAUACACUAAUCGUGAAUCAAGUUGAGGCAAAAAA